UUAUCGAAGACUUUUAUUUUUUGGUACAAAUAAAUAACUUACCAAAGUCUAACAAAGUCUUUGUAAGUUUGUCUAUAUAUAUAAGCAUGUUGUGAUUAUAUAACCAUACGCCCAAAAGUGUAAAUAUAUGACAUCGAGUAAAGGAAUAAAUUUUUAGAUGUUGUUUGUGAAUAUGCCUCUUCUAUCUAGCACUGAUUUGCAUCGUAUUUUUGAGAAGCUAGACACAAAUUGCGAUGGUUUUGUAAGUCUUGAGGAGCUAAAUUGGGUGCUCCAAAGAAUAGGUAGUAAUAAUAAUUCUCAAUUUAGUUUAGAUGAGCUUGAAUCUCUUGUGGAAAAAAAGAGCUUAGACUUCAAUGAAUUCUUGUUCUUUUACAACUCUAUAUCAAAACAAAACAAUGGAGAAAACAAAGGAGGAGGUGAUGAUGAUGAGUUGGAGAGAGAUCUUGUGAAGACUUUUAAAGUGUUUGAUUUGGAUGGAGAUGGAUUCAUUACAAGCCAAGAGCUUGAGUGUGUUUUGAAGAGACUUGGAUUCUUGGAUGAAAGAAGUGGUAAGGAUUGUAGAAGCAUGAUUAGGUUUUAUGAUACCAAUUUAGAUGGUAGGCUUGAUUUUCAGGAAUUCAAGAACAUGAUGUUGCUUACAUCUACAUGAUUAAUCUUGUAUAAAUUUCAAUAUUAUGUGUCAAUGUAUGUUAGAUGUUGUACAUUAUUGAUAAUCAAUAUUCAAUGCAUAUGAAAGUCUAAAGGUUCCUAUUUGCCA